AUGACCGAAGAAAUAACUUAUGAUGCCGCCAACGAAAUGGCUACAAGCGAUGCCGCAUCAAUUAUUACAUCGACUUCUUCUGAAUAUGAUCCAGUAAAAGAAAUAGCACUUCAACUUGGUGUUGAAUACAUCGAGUAUCCAGAUUUUGAAGAUGUUGCCACUAUCAAAACAGGAAAAAAUCUUCUUAUAAAACGAGCAAUAUGGAAAGAACAGUCUCAGAGAGUUGCCUUGAAAUAUAUUUUUGGCGCAGAUAUGGAAGAACAACACAAGAAAUUAGAAAAUGAGAUAAUGCGAGCGUUGCAAAACUUGGAUGAUGACAAUUUACUGCAAUUAUAUGGAGUAAGUCAAGGUAAUUGGAACUUUCAUAACGUUUUCAUGGUUUUGGCUUUCUCGUUUCUAACAUGGUACACUCAUCCAUGGUACAUGGUAGACUUGGAGUCAACAAAUUGUAUUCUCGUAUUACAAUACGCAGACUCGGGUAAUUUGCGUGAAUUUUUGGAUCAAAAAGAAUUAUCAUGGAUUGAUAAAUUGCGUAUUUCAAGAGACAUAGCAUACGGAUUACGCCAGUUGCAUAAAGCUGGGGUGGUGCAUGGAGAUUUACAUACACAAAACGUAUUUAUCGAUAAUAAUAGAGCCUUAAUAAGGGCUCCAAGAAUGAUUUCACCUGAUGAUACAUCAUCCACUUACUAUAAUAAAGCACCGGAAACAAUUCCUUACGUGGACCCUAAAAUUGUUAAUGAUGUGACUUCUUUACCAGACCGUUGUUCAGAUAUAUACAGCUUUGGAGUGAUUCUAUGGGAAAUAUCAAGUGACCAAUUACCAUUCAAAGAAUGGGAAAUAUCAAGUAAACAAUUGCCAUUCAAAGGUCAAAAACGUUUAACCGUUGAGGAAAUGAUACAAAUAUCACGUGAACAAACAACACAUAUUGUUCCCGAAGAAUAUAUUAAAUUGUUUCGAGAUUGCUGGAAUGAUGAUCUCGAAAUGCGACCGACAAUUGAUCAAGUUUGUAAGCAAUUGAAAGAUUUACUACGUAAUGAUAUUGGUUCUCAACUGCUCAAAGAACCCCAAAUGGAUGAUUCAGGAGAAGAAGAUUUCACAUUUGAAGAAUCAACACCUCUUCAAUCGGAAGAUAUAAAAGAAAACGGGCAUACAGACACUCAACCAUCACAUCCCCCCGUAUCCGAUGAUCUAGAUCUUCCGCGAAGGUCUACACAAUCGGCUGUCAACCAAAGACAAAAGCGAUAUUCAAAGGUGUUUCAAACUUUCAAAUUCAACUUCCAACAAACAAAAACAAAAGUCUUUGAUGCUUUCUCGAAGAUGUCAUGUUUGAGAUCAAAAACAACUGCUGACAUAUAG